AUGCUACUCAACAUUAUCAAAGGUCCAACUUGCUUCCAAGACAUCCGAACAGUCGAUGGAAUCAUUUGUGCCACAUACAAGGAAACAUGUUAUUUCCUAGGAUUACUUGACGGGGACAAUGAGUGGAAUGAGGUUCUAAAAGAAGCUGCUACAUGGUCAAAUGCACCACAACUGCGUGAGCUAUAUGUAACAAUUCUACUCUUCUGUGAGGUGUCAGAACCAAAAACUCUAUGGGAGGAGCAUUGGCAAAACCUUUCCGAUGAUAUACAGUAUAGACAACGACGUCGUCUCGGUAUUGAAGGGUUGUGUCUAGCAGAAGAUGAAAUCCAAAAUUACUCGCUCUAUGAGUUUGAACAGAUCUUAAAAAGAGGAAAUAGAAGCCUAAAAGAGUUCCCUGGAAUCCCAUUUCCUGAUAUGACCCAUCUUGAAGACAUUGGAAAUAGGAUGAUUAUGGAGGAGCAAAAUUAUGACACAUGCACAUUGACUCAAGAAUCAAAUCACCUUCAAAGAGGUUUAAACGUUGAACAGAAACAAAUUUACGACACUAUAAUCCAAUCUGCUUAUCGACAAGAAGGCGGGGUGUUCUUUGUCUAUGGAAGUGGAGGCACAGGGAAAACUUAUCUAUGGAGAGCCUUAAUAUCAAAGUUAAGAUCUGAAAAUAGCAUAGUCCUUGUGGUGGCAUCAUCGGGUAUCGCAUCAUUACUUGUGCCAGGUGGACGAACAACACACUCGAGGUUUAAAAUACCAUUUGCACUAAAUGAGUAUUCCUGCUGCAACAUUGACCAGGGAUCUGAUCUAGCCCAUUUAAUAAAAAAGGCAAGCCUCGUUAUAUGGGAUGAGGCACUAAUGGCACACAUACAUGCCUUUGAAGUAGUUGACCGUACAUUCCGAGAUAUCAUGCAACUACGUGACCCAUCCUCUAUGGAAAAAGUAUUUGGUGGCAAGUUAGUUGUCUUAGGUGGAGAUUUUAGACAGGUUCUUCCUGUUGUUAAAAAGGUUAAUCAAGCAGAUUUCAUCGAUGCGUCCAUUAACAAAUCCUCAGCAAUAUGGCCACAUUGUAUAGUCUUUAAAUUAGAGACAAACAUGAGAUUAUUGCAGAGUAGUAAUGAAGAAGAGAAGAGACAACUAACUGAGUUCAGCAACUGGGUAUUACAUGUAGGAGAUGGAAAAUUACCAGCAAUUGCAAAAGAAGGGGAGGAUGAACCAAUGUGGAUCAACAUACCUGAUGACCUGUUGAUAAAGGCCGGAGAAGUCUCAAUUGAAGAAAUGGUGGAAUGUGUCUACCUAGACCUUCUUCAAGAAUACACCAACCCAACAUACCUACAACAACGUGCCAUACUUGCAUCGAAAAAUGACUUGGUUGAUAAGAUCAAUGAUCAAAUACUCAAAAUGAUACUAGGAGAGGAAAAAGUCUAUAAGAGUGCAAAUAGAGUAUGCCCAUUGACUAGGACGGGGGUGAAUGUCGAAGCAUUAUACCCAACGGAAUUCUUGAAUACACUGCAGUUACCAGGAAUACCAAAUCAUGAAUUAAAACUUAAGGUGGGAUGCCUUGUUAUUUUGUUGCGGAACAUUGACCACAGUCGUGGACUUUGCAAUGGUACAAGACUAAUUAUUGUCACAAGAUUAGAGAAACGAGUAAUCCAAGCCAAAGUUAUAACUGGAACACAUGUGGGCAAGAAGGUACCAAUCAGCAGGGUGGAAAUGUCACCAUCUGAUACAGUGGCCAUUCACCUUAAAGCGGAGGCAAUUUCCUCUAAAACCAUGUUUUGCAAUGACAAUAAAUAA